AUGCAGACAUCCCCUGAAUACAAAGAGUAUGUCUUCCUCGAGGGUACUUCCAAGGCCAAGAAACUAUUCCAGCAGCAUGUGCAUAGGCUCAAGCAAGAGCAUAUAGAAAAGCGGCGUAAAAUCUAUCUCAGCACACUCCCACAGGCUCUCAAUUCCUUGGUUCCAGACCUGGAUGAGAUUGAUCACCUGAGCUGGUCAGGAGUACAGAAAGUUCUCGAGACUAAGCGGGAAUUCUCCCACUGGUUUGUAGUGCUGGACGACACACCUUGGGAAACUACACCACACAUUGACAACAUGGAGGAUGAACGCAUUCCCCAGGACCUUUUGGAAACCCCUGCAGCAGAGCAAAUCUAUGAGGCUCACUUAGAACACCUGCGCAAUGAGCGAAAGCGGGCAGAAAUGCGAUGGGAGUUCAAAGAGAAACUUGCGUCUUCGCCGUUUGUUACACCUGGCAAACCCUGGGAGGAAGCUCGUAGCUUCAUCAUGAAUGAGGAGUUCUAUCAGUGGCUGGAGGAGCCUGAGUACCUUGAUAUCUAUAACAAACACCAGAAGAUUAUUAUUGACCAAGCCAAGGAGGACUUCCAAGAACUUUUACUGGAGUACUCCGAGUUGUUCUAUGAGCUUGAAGUUGAUGCUAAGCCCAGUAAAGAAAAAAUGGGUGCCAUCCAGGAGGUUCUUGGAGAGGAGCAGAGGUUCAAGGCCCUGCAAAAGCUUCAAGCUGAGAGAGAUGCCCUAGUGCUC